AUUUAAAGAAACCGCUAACAAUUGGCGAGAAACACAAUUGCAGUUGGCGAAAAACCAGAAAUAGCGCCUAAAACGUUUCGGGAGUGUCACGUGGUAUACAGCCAAUGAUAGUGAAGAUGAGCAUUUUCCUCUUCUGCUCUUGAGACGCCUGUGAAUUACUACAACAUAGAAAGUACCCUAAUACCUCGUGCAUCACGCCAGUUGGCAUCCGUAAAGAUUUCGUGGCUAGUUUUAAUCUCUUUGUGUUUUGAAGCAGUGAAUGAACAAAUUUUUGUACAAACUAAUGUAAAGUUUUUCUUUCCUCUACAGCAAAAUAUGUUGCACAUUCUGUACAGCGAAAUGUAGAGUUAGCAGUAACUAACAAAUAUAGAAAAUUAAAACUUAACACAGUCGGUAAAAGUAGCAUAUAUAACAUGAUUGCAUGAAAUAAUAAUUAACGUUUUAUCAGUCUUAAGGUGAGAAAUAAUAUUUAUGCAAAAUAUUAUAUUUAUUUCUCAUAAUGUAUUCCGGAAAAUCUUGUUAUGCGUAUGUCGCACACCAAGUAUGUGUCUUUUACAAUAUGUUUCGCUUUUUCUUAAUUCUGUGUAAUUAGGCAAGAUUACUAAAGUUAUUUUGUAGCACCCAAUAACUGCUUUGCUUAAAACAAAUGUGUGCAAAACAUAAAGGAACAUUGUAAGGUGUGUAGCUACUUGUUUGAUAGCAAAGUCGUCAGCUCAUACUUCUCUGUAUAAGAAAGAAAAUUCAUUUCUUGGAUAUAUGUUAAAUGCCAUGUAGAGAAAUAAUUUUUUUCUCCCUACCGACCUAACAGAAAAUUCUCACCUGCUAGAGGUAGGUUAAAGUUCAGAUCGACAAAAAAACUGAAUCAAAUGAGUGUAUGCUUAUUCACAUACAGCAGAAACCUCGUGUAUGUGAGAUAUGUAAGAAGAUGUUUACAUUAAAGACUAAGUUAAACCAGAAUAUGGUUAUUCACACAGAAGAGAAAACCUCAUGUGUGAGGUAUGUAAUAUGCCAUUUUCUCAAAAGAGUAUUUUAAAUCAUGAUAUGCUUAUUCAUACCCCAGAGAAACUUCAUGUGUGUGAGGUAUGUAACAGAUCAUGUAGAAAAAAGUCUGAAUUAAAAAGGCAUAUGCUUAUUCACACAGGAGAGAAACCUUAUGCAUGUGAGCUAUGUAAUAAGACAUUAAGAGAAAAGUCUGAUUUAAAAAGACAUAUGCUUAGUCACACAGGAGAGAAACCUUAUGCAUGUGAGCUAUGUAAUAAGACAUUUAGAGAAAAGUCUAUUUUAAAAAGGCAUCAACUUGUCCACACAGGACAGAGACCUCAUAUAUGUGAAAUAUGUAACAAAUCAUUUAAACGUAAAUUAAGUUUAAAAAACCAUAUGCUUAUUCACACAGGAGAGAAACCUUAUGUGUGUGAGGUAUGUAAUAAGUCAUUCAGACAAAAGGGUGAUUUAAACAGACAUCUUCUUAUUCACACAGGAGAGAAACCACAUGUUUGUGAUGUAUGUAAUAAGUCAUUUAGAAAAAAGUCUGCUUUAAAGAAGCAUAUUCUCAUUCAUACAGGAGAGAAACUCCAUGUAUGUGAGAUAUGUAGUAAGUCGUUUACAGAAAAAAGUCAGUUAAAAACCCAUCUGCGUAUUCACACAGGAGAGAAACCUUAUGUGUGCGAUGUAUGUAAUAGUUCAUUUGUUCAAAAGGGUGGGUUAAAUAAUCAUAUGCGUAUUCAUGCACGAAAGAACACUCAUAUGUGUGAUGUAUGUAAUAAGUCAUUUAGAAAAAAUAGUGCUUUAAACAAGCAUAUGCAUAUUCACACAAGAGACAUCAUUUAGAGAGAAGAGUUAUUUAAAGAAGCAAAUGCUUAUGCAAACAGGAGGGAAACUUCACGAGUCACACAUGUAACAAAUAACUUAAUGUUGAAGAAUGGAAAGGCAUAUAUCUAUGAAAAUAAAAGCUUAUUUUCUUUUGUGGAAA